AUGCGCCCCCAGCUCGCCCAAGCCGCCCGUCUCGCCGGCAAGAGGUUCAACUCUACCUCUGCCCAGAACCCCAACGUCCAAAAGGCCGUCGAGUCCGCCAACAAGGCUUACGCCCAGACGGCUGCUACUGUCAAGAAGGUCGCUGGUCCUGUCGGUGAAAAGAUUGGUGCUUCCCUCGGUGCCUACCGCGAACCUAUCGUGUACAACUCCAAGGUUGUCGCUUCCAUUGCCAAGCAGGUCUACCAGGCCGAGAAGCUUGCUCCCCCCCUCGAUCUCAACACCUGGGCCCGGGCUUACUCUGAGAUCUACCACAAAGCGACCAACGGAGGCUACUGGAGCACCUUGCUGAAGACCGGGGCUUGGGCUGGUUUGGGUGUUGCUGUCGUUGAAGCCUACGGUAUCUUCAAGAUCGGCGAGAUUGUUGGCAGGCGUAACUUGGUCGGCUACAGCCUCAAGGAGUAA